GAGUUCGACUGCGGUCGCUGUUGUAGAAAUGUGUUAACUGCAGAGGGGACAUAUCUUGCAGUAGUUGUCUCUAUGGUUUAGAACUCUUCGAGGAAGUGAUCACUGUCUAGAUCUUGGCAUUUGAUUUAAAACUGGUGUUUUGGAAGAAUAUUUAGAAGAAUGGGGAAAAAAAGGCACAAUAAGGGUCCUUUGAGCCGGCGGGAACUGGUAUUUGAUGAAGAGAAAAGACGUGAAUAUCUGACCGGAUUCCAUAAGCGCAAGUUGCAGAGGAGGAAAGCGGCUGUAGAGGAAAUUAAACAGAAAAUUAAAGAAGAGCAGAAGAAGAUGAAAGAAGAAAGGCACAAGGAGUAUAUGAGGAUGCUGAAGGAAAGAGAAGACGCUCUAGAAGAAGCAGAUGAGCUGGAAAGACUAGUAACUUCAAAGACGGAAUCUCUACAGUUUGACCACCCCAACCACACAGUGACUGUUACAACCAUCAGUGACCUGGACCUGUCUGGUGUUGGUUUUCUGCCAGUGGAAAGAGCAAUGGAAGAAGAGGAUGGGAAUGAACAACAUAAGGAAGACACCAAACCCGUUGUAUCUGCACCCAAAAAGUCGGGUGACCCAUUGCUUUCCAAAAAGAUCUGCUCUCUUACUGCAUCUCUCCAUGCACGUAGCCAGAAAAAAUCUACAAAGCGCCCCCCGAAAACCUACGAUCCUAAGAAACCAGGAGGAGGCAAAACGUCAGGGCGCACAACCAAAACCCAGCGCAGGAGACAGACUGGCAAAACCCGGAGGAGAAACCCACUAUAACCGUAGCAGCACUCGUUUUUAUAACUGAACUGCACCGGUUUACCCUGAUAUGCCUUUUUAUUCCGUUUUCCUCUUUGGACAAUUGUUGGAUUGAUUAGGCUCAACUAAUAAUGUAAAAAUUCUAUUUUUUGGUUGUUUUCUUUUCUUGCUCAUUUUCCUUAAGCCCAAAUUUUAAGCCCACCCCUCCUCUCUCAGGAAAGCACAAGAAUGAAGCUAGAACUUCCACAUAACACUUUUUCCAAUGACUUCAUGGUAAUUCUUUAAUGGAGAUGUUUUAUUACCUACCUUAGCAAACAAACAUGGGGAUUCAGUUACAUCAUAUGGCCAUAUUGUGUUAAGUUCACUAUGAGUGGGAUGCUCACCCGUUAGGAAUCUGGUCUGGUUUCCAAAUCUAAGCAGAAAAAAAGAGAAAUGAGGGC